AUGUUUUUUUCUUCAAUUAUUUGUUUUUUUGAAUAUGCCCAAAAUGAAUUAUACUAUGCAAAUGAGAGAAGCACAUGCCUUAAAAGGAAUGUAAUAAACUUUAGAAAUAAUACGAUAUUAGCAGAUCCAUAUAAUAAAGCGAGAGACAUAAUUUAUGGAUUUCGAAAAGAAUUAGAAGAAGUAAAAAAAGAGCUUGGCAAUAAAAGGAAUUGUGAAUUAUCAAUACUAACAAUACAAGAUAAAAUAAUUAAGUAUCAGAACACGAAGACUUUAAACAAUUGA